CUACCUUACAAAACACAAGCAACAAAGAGUGUUCCACACAGAAACACACAACCCACAAAGAAUCACAUUCAUGGCUUUCUUCCCCCACACCUUCAACUGUUUCAAUCUCAAUAUGCCACACACCCAGAGAGGAAAAAACAAGCUUUAGAGCUCCCCAACUUGUUUCUUUCUCUUUCUUGGAACACUCUCUCUGUUCAGUGUUCCUCCCUCUAAGAUUUCCAAAAAAAAAAAAAAAAUUGAAAAAAAUUCGUCUUUCUCAGCUCCCCCAACCCAAAAUUUCAUCUUUUUAUGCUUGUUGUCCAUGUGGGGCUUGUUUAAAUUCGGUUAAUUUGCAAUUUUUUGUGGAUUUGUAGCAGAAAAGAAUUCCUGGUUUGAAAUCAGGCGUUUCUGGGUGGGUGUGGGGAACAAAGGUGGCACCUUUUGAAAAACUGGAGUCUUUUGGGUGGUUGGUUUUGUGGUCACCAUUAUUAUUGUUCUUUCUUAGAUGAAGGCCAUGCCCUUGCCUUUUGAGGAAUUUCAAGGGAAGGGAGUGUUGGAUUUCUCAGAUUCAUUUUCAGUGCUUUUGCAUCAUCCACAACCAAAGUGGACCAUAGACAAAGAGGAUUAUUGCUAUGUGGGCAGCACUGAGCCCACCUCAGUUCUUGACUCCAGAAGAAGCCCUAGCCCCCCCACUUCCUCCUCCACAAUGUCCUCUUCUCUUGGCAGCAACAGCACCAGCAAGGGUGGUGCUGGCAGUGGCACUUCAGCCACCACCACCACCACCCCAGCCCCCACACCCUCUGAGAACCACCCUCCUCAGGAGCCCAGCCCUGAUAAAUGUGCCAUCCGUAUGGAUGACUGGGAGGGCCAGGAUCAGUCCAUUCUCAGACUCAUCAUGGGAGAUGUUGAUGACCCUUCUGCUGGAUUGAGCAAGCUCUUGCAAACCACUGCCUGUGGCUCUCAAGGUGUUGAUUUCAAUGCAGGCUUUGGUGUUGUGGAUCAAGGCUUCAACAUGAAUAUGAACAUGAACAUGAACAUGAAUAUGAACAUGGUUUCAGAAUCUCUUGUUUUCACUGCUAACAAUCCUCUUAUGGUGUCAUCCUCUGUGUCCCCUGGCGUGUUCACUUCUCAGCAGCAGCAGCAGGAGUUUGGAGUGGUGGAUGAGAAGCCCCAGGUUAUCAACCCCCACCAGUUUAUGGUGAACCAGAACCAGGUUCAGUUUUCAGAAAACCCUUCUUUCUUUGUGCCAUUGAUGUACCCUCAAGUGCAAGAACAACAGGUUUUCCCUCAGCAUCCGGCAAAACGCCCUAUGUUUGACGCAAUAGGGCACACCAAUUAUCAGGCUCCAAGGAUGCCCCUUUUGGAUUCAGGGCAAGAGGUGUUUGGUAGGAGGCAGCAAACACAGCUUCCAUUGUUUCCUCACCAUAUGCAGCAACAGCAACAGCAACAGCAACAGCAGCAGCAGCAACAACAACAGUCAUUGGUUAUGCCUUCUGCUAAACAGCAGAAGGUGAGUUCCGCCGGAGACGAUGCAAGCCACCAGCUUCAGCAGGCCAUAUUUGAUCAGUUAUACAAAACUGCUGAGCUGAUAGAAGCUGGUAAUCCGGUUCAUGCGCAAGGGAUAUUGGCGCGGCUCAAUCACCAGCUCUCCCCUAUUGGUAAGCCUUUUCAGAGGGCUGCUUUCUACAUGAAGGAGGCCUUGAUGUCACUGCUUCAUUCAAAUGCUCACAACUUCAUGGCCUUCUCGCCCAUUACUUUCAUAUUCAAAAUCGGAGCUUACAAGUCCUUUUCUGAGAUAUCACCUCUUCUCCAGUUUGCCAAUUUUACUUCCAACCAAGCCCUCAUCGAAGCUGUCGAGAGGUUUGACCGAAUUCAUGUUGUCGAUUUCGAUAUCGGCUUUGGAGUGCAAUGGUCAUCUUUUAUGCAAGAACUUGCCUUAAGAAGUAGUGGUGCACCUUCACUCAAACUCACUGCCAUUGUGUCUCCCUCCACUUGUGAUGAGGUUGAGCUCAAUUUCACUAGAGAGAAUUUGAACCAAUAUGCCAAAGACAUCAACGUGUCUUUUGAGUUCAAUGUUUUGAGCAUUGAAUCAUUGAACUCUCCCUCUUGUCCACUGCUUGGUCAAUUCUUUGAUAACGAGGCAAUCGCGGUGAACAUGCCGGUUUCAUGUUUCACAAACUAUCCAUCAUUGUUCCCUUCGGUUCUCCACUUUGUGAAGCAGCUCAGGCCCAAGGUUGUGGUCACUUUGGACAGAAAUUGUGAUCGAAUUGAUGUACCACUUCCCACCAAUGUAGUCCAUGUUCUCCAAUGCUAUUCGGCCUUGCUCGAAUCGCUGGAUGCAGUGAAUGUGAAUCUUGAUGUCCUCCAAAAGAUUGAGAGGCAUUUCAUCCAACCAGCCAUCAAAAAAAUCGUACUUGGCCACCACCCUUCUCAAGAGAAAUUACCCCCAUGGAGGAACCUCUUCAUACAAUCCGGAUUCUCCCCGUUUACAUUUAGCAACUUCACAGAAGCUCAAGCCGAGUGUUUAGUUCAGAGGGCACCUGUAAGGGGAUUUCACGUGGAGAGAAAACCUUCCUCACUUGUUCUAUGCUGGCAGAGGAAAGAACUCAUCUCGGUUUCUACUUGGAGAUGCUGAGAAUCGCGGCAAGCAGUGGAGGCUGAUUACCUUGUAUUUUUAAAGGUGCAUGGUAACUUACAUUGCUGUUUAUGUAAUUGGUUGUGUAAUUUAGGCUUAUUGAUGAGAUCCACACCCAAAUGUUUUCUUAACUACAUGGGUUGGCAUCUGCCAUUCUAUAGUUCUAUUACUAGUAUGAAACUAUGAAUAUGGGUAGUAAUUAUGCUUUUCCUCCCUUCCCAUCAUCUAAAGAUGGAUAUAACUGUUUCUUUGUUAUCUUGAAAAGGAACAAUUUAGCCAAGAAUGCAGCCUCUAUUUUCUUCUUCA